GCGACGGGCGACCGACAAAGGGCGACGGGCGACGGGUGAUGGCGAUGGGCGAUGGGCGAUGGGCGACGGGCGAUGGGCGACGGGAGAUGGGCGAUGGGCGACGGGCGAUGGGCGAUGGGCGACGGGCAAUGGGCGACGGGCGACGGGCGACGGGCAACGGGCGACGGAGGACAGGCGAUGGGCGAUGGCCGACAGGCGACGGGCGACGGGCGGGCGACGGGAGAUGGGCGACGGGUGACGGCGACGGGUGAUGGUGAUGGCGAUUGGCGAUUGGCGACCAGUGACGGGCAAUGGGUGACGGGCGAUGGGCAAUGGGCAAUGGGCGAUGGGCGACGGACGAUGGGCGAUGGGCGACGAGCGAUGGGUGACGGGCGACGGGCGACGGGCAAUGGUGAUAGCGAUGGCGACAGGCGACGGGCGAUGGCGACUACUCAUCUGGCGAUGGUGAUGGUGACGGGCGAUGGCGACGGGCGAUGGCGAUGGCGAUAGGCGAUGACGAUGGGCGAUGGACGAUGAGGACAGGCGAUGGCGACGGGCGAUGGCGACUUCUCGUUGGGCAAUGACU